AUGGUGCACAAUGCCUACGAUAGCUUCGAGCUCCUCUAUGAUUGUGAUUCCAAGAUCGAAUCUGUCGAAUCCUAUGGCUCCAAAAUUCUCCUUGGUUGCUCUGACGGAUCUCUCCGAAUCUAUGCGCCACCACCGCCACCACCGAAGGAAGUUCGUAAAGAGUCUUAUACAUUGGAGAAAAACAUAAAAAGUUUUGCAAAACGGCCUGUGGUGGCAUUAGAAGUUGUAGAGUCCAAGGGGUUACUUUUUGCACUUUCUGAAUCCAUAGCCAUUCAUGGCCUCCCCAGUUUCGAAACUGUCGCCGUCAUCGGCAAGGCCAAGGGUGCCAAUCUCUUCUGUUGGGACGAUAGCAGAGGCUAUUUAGGCUUUGCGAGGCAAAAGCGAGUUUGUAUUUUCAAACAUGAUGGAGGUAAAGAAUUUGUAGAAGUGAAAGACCAUGGUGUUCCUGAUAUGGUAAAGUCCAUGUGCUGGGUUGGGGAGAAUAUAUGUUUGGGGAUUAGAAAAGAGUAUGUGAUUUUGAAUGCUAUGAAUGGCUCAUUAUCUGAGAUGUUUGCUUCUGGAAGACUAGCAUCGCCUUUAGUGGUUCCUCUUCCUUCUGGAGAACUUCUUCUUGGGAAGGACAACAUUGGAGUGUUGGUGGAUCAAAAUAGAAAACUUAUUCCAGAAGGUAGGAUUUGUUGGUCUGAAGCUCCAAUAGAAGUUGUAACUCAAAAGCCAUAUGCUAUUGCACUGCUACCUAGAUUUGUGGAGAUUCGAUCUUUACGGGGUCCAUAUGCACUAAUACAAACAGUAGUUCUUCGAAAUGUACGCCAUAUUCACCAAAGAAACAAUUAUGUGAUUCUUGCCUUAGAUAAUUCUGUUUAUGGUCUCUUCCCUGUUCCUCUUGGAGCACAGAUUGUUCAAUUAGCAGCAUCUGGCAACUUUGAAGAAGCCUUAUCCUUGUGCAACCUCCUUCCACCUGAAGAUUCAUGUCUUCGGACUUCAAAGGAGGCUUCAAUUCAUAUAAGAUAUGCCCACUUUCUCUUUGACAAUCAAAGUUAUGAAGAGGCAAUGGAACAUUUUCUGGAAUCUCAAGUAGAAAUAUCUUAUGUGCUUUCUUUGUAUCCAUCGAUUAUCCUUCCAAAGACAUCUAUUAUUCCUGAGCCAGAGAAGCUUAUUGACAUUUCUGGUGAUGAUUCAUAUCUUUCUAGAGGCUCUUCAGGAGUAUCAGAGGAUAACGAACAUUCUCCAACAUCUAAUACAUUAGAGUCUAACGAGAAUGCAGCAUUAGAGUUAAAAAAGAUGAGCUAUAACAUGCUAAUGGCUCUCAUAAAGUUUUUGCAAAAGAAGAGAAAUAAUGCUAUUGAAAAGGCCACUGCAGAGGGAACUGAGGAAGUUGUUUUGGAUGCAGUUGGAGAUAGCUUUACAUCCCAUAACAGUAAUAGAGUAAAGAAAACAAGCAAGGAGCGUACUACCAUACCUAUUAGUUCACAAGCCCGAGAGAUUGCUUCAAUUUUGGAUACUGCUCUGCUCCAAGCAUUCUUGCUUACUGGACAAUCUCUCAUGGCUGAAGAAUUACUGAAAGGUGUUAACUACUGUGAUUUGAAAAUAUGUGAAGAGAUACUACAAGAAGGGAACUAUCAUAUUGCUUUAUUAGAACUAUACAAGUGCAACUCAAUGCAUCGGGAAGCUCUUAAACUUGUUCACAAAUUGGUGGAAGCAUCUAGGACUUGUGAGUCUGAUAUUUCACAUAGGUUCAAGCCUGAGACCAUGAUUGAAUAUCUCAAGCCAUUGUGUGGAACAGAUCCUAUACUUGUUCUGGAGUUCUCAAUGCUAGUUCUUGAAAGCUGUCCUAACCAGACCAUUGAGCUUUUUCUAUCUGGAGAUAUCCCAGCAGAAAUGGUGAAUGCAUAUUUAAAGCAACAUGCUCCAAACAUGCAAGCCAUUUUUUUGGAGCUUAUGCAUGCAACACAUGAGGAUGCCAUAAUCGGAAAUUUACAAGAUGAACUGGUAAACAUAUAUCUUUCAGAAGUGCUUGACUGGUAUACAAACUUAACUUCUAAACAAAAAUGGGAUGAGAAAAUGCACUCCCCAAAAAGAAAAAAGUUAUUGUCUGCAUUAGAGAGUUUAUCAGGAUACCAACCAGAUGUUUUGCUAAAACGUCUUCCAUCAGAUGCUUUGUAUGAAGAGCGUGCAAUAUUGCUGGGAAAAAUGAAGCAACAUGAAUUAACAUUGUCUUUGUAUGUUCAUAAGCUUCAAGCUCCAGAACUUGCAUUAUCAUAUUGUGACCGGGUUCACGAGUCUAUACUUAACCCUUCUGUGAAAUCUCCUAGCAACAUAUACUUGAUGCUUCUGCAAAUAUAUUUGAAUCCACGAAGAUCAACGAAUAACUUUGAAAAGAAAAUUACAAAUCUAUUAGUCCCCAAGAAGCCAACAAUUUCAAGGACUAAUUCAAAAUUAACAAAGACAAGAAACCGAGGAUCAAAGAAAAUUGCUGCAAUAGAGAUUGCAGAGGAUACAAAGGCUAAUUUAAACAAGACUAAUAGUGGCAAAAGUGAUGUUGAUGAGGAUGAAUUCAUUGGGGAAGGAGAUACUUCUAUCAUGGUUGAUGAUGUCCUUCAUUUGUUGAGUCGUAGAUGGGAUAGAAUUAAUGGAGCCCUGGCCCUUAAACUUUUGCCAAAACAGACGAAACUCCAGAACUUGCUUCCGUUUCUUGGGCCCCUUCUGAGAAAAUCUAGUGAAGUAUAUCGUAAUUGCUCAGUUAUCAAGAGAUUGAGACAAAGUGAGAACCUACAGGUUAAAGAUGAACUCUAUGAGAAGAGAAAAGUAGUUUUGGAGAUAACUGGUGAUGACUUGUGUUCUUUGUGCCAAAAAAAAAUAGGGACAAGUGUUUUUGCAGUCUACCCAAAUGGAAAAACUCUAGUACACUUUGUAUGUUUUAAAGAUUCUCAAAGCAUGAAAGCUGUUCUAAAAGGUUCUCCAUUGAAGAAAAAUUUAAUUAGGUAUUGA